AUGGCUCCCUGGAACGUUCUGUCAGCACCAUAUAGAAUGAUACAAUUUCCGCCACGAGCACCACCAAAGCGAAAGCCGCCGCCCAUCCCUCGCUAUCCAACCCCUCUUGCAGGACUCAUGUACGCAAAAUGCACAAACAAGCAGCUUCACGACAGUGUUCUGGGACGCCGUGUGUCGGCCUCUGACGACAGCAACAGGAGAUACCUCACAGGCAAGCUGCGGCAACUCGAUGCGGGUUGGACUUUUCGUUUCACGGAUUUGCCGCCUGAGCUUCGCAAUAUGGUUUACUACGAGCUGCUGAAGCCUGACGCCAAGACUGAGCGCCCGGCGAAUAUCAACAUCCUGCUCGUGAGUAAGCAGCUUUGCCGGGAGGCUGAGCAGAUCCUGUAUGGCUCCAAUCCCAUCAGUAUCGAGUUCAGAAGUGGAGCGCGAACACUGUUCCGCGGCAAAGCGUUACCACAACAGUCCGAAUACCCGGCACUAAUGGGACGUAUCGAAACCGUCGCUGCUGAGUACGCCAAAUACCCCAAGAUUACUUGUCUCAAGGUUCAGCAUCUGAGAAUCCGGGCUGCCGCAGAUGAUUUUGUGUACGAGCGUGCACACAAUCGGAGACUGCUGGCUCUGGCGAAUGUCUUUGGGGGAAGCAGGGCCUUGAAAACUGUCGAGAUUCAAGUGUAUUCUGUCUUUCCCAUCAUGCAUUUCAGUGAUUCUGAGGUUAAAGAGAUGGAAGACAUGCUUUAUCCCCUGACCAAGCUGAAGAACACCGAUGCGCUUUGCACUUUCCGCGAUCGAGUCGUUACUCUUCGCUGUCCAAGUCAGAGAGUCCAACGACGCCUGGAACGACGCAUGGGAUCACCCACACCUCGCCCCGUCGACGCCAUUGGCACAUUGGCGGAUCUGGACCGACGAUCGCACGAGAUCCAGAGAUCGUUACGCAAGCUUCCCCAAGUAAGUGCAGAGUUCUCUGCAGACUUCGACGUCUUCCAGUCGGCUUUGGAAGCUGUCGCCAGGGAGGACAUACUGUCGGAAGUCGUUGACUACAAGACCGAUGUUCUGUUCUGCUUGAAAGUCGAUUCUUUGAGGAGGGUGCUCGAGAAGCUUGAGAAGCAGUGGAGAAAGUGCAAGCGUGAGAAUAUGUGGGAGGUUAUGCAUGGUGCUCAGGGCGGAAUUCAUUGGGAAAGUACUGAGGACGCAGAGGACUGGCUUGAUGAGCAGAGAGCGACGUUUGACAUAUUGCGGAUUGGAGAGGAUGACAUUUGGAUUUAA